GAUCAGCUGCGCUCUGCGGAUGUCAGUGCGGCUCCAGCGGGAUUCAGCUCGAUCCUCUCCGCCUCUCAGCGCUCCCGCUCCGGCCACAGCCCGUCUCCUCUCUGCGGACCGGCGGUGGUUCGGUCUCCUUCCUGCCGCUAACAGCUGCUUCUUUUUGAGCCUUCAGUGAUGCGAAGGCGGAGCUCCCUGAGCGCGGAGAAGGACAGCGACCCGGAGCUGAAGCAGCGCCCCGGCAGAGCGGCGCCCGGCGGCGGACAGGGCCUGGAGGAAGACCCGAGGAUGAGGAAGAGAGCCUUCAGAAGGUCGGGUCUGCUGGGGAAGAUGAAGAGGAUGAUGAUGCUGCUGCUGCUGGUCUACGUCGCCAUCCCCUUCAUCAUCAAGCUCUUCCCCUCCAUCCAGGCCAAGCUGGUCUUCCUCAACUUUGUGAAGAUGCCGUACUUCAUCGACCUGAAGCGACCGCUGGAUCAGGGACUGAACCACACACACAACUUCUACCUGGAGCCUGAGGCGGGCCAGAAGAUCGGAGUCUGGCACACGGUUCCUGCUCAGAUGUGGAGGGAGGCUCAGGGCAAAGAUGGCCGCUGGUACGACUCCACCUUAAACUCCGCCCGCCCUGUCAUCCUCUAUCUCCAUGGAAAUGCAGGGACCAGGGGGGGCGACCACCGGGUUCAGCUGUACAAGGUGAGCGGUGUUCAUUGGCUGGAGGCGGUUCUGAUCCACAUCCCAGAGAAGAACAGGAUCAGAACCAGAACCCAGAGGUUCCUGAAGCUAAUGCUGGUUCCCACUCACACCGGGAACCUUAUGCCAUGCAGGCUCAUUGAGGGUCAUUUUAUAGAUUCAGACCAAUCAGAUUACAUGCACGCGGCGACAGUGUACCGCUUCCUGCCCGGCUUCGACUGGUUCUUCUUGGACGCCAUCUCUGCCAACAACAUCCGCUUCGCCAGCGAUGAGAAUGUGGACCACAUCUCCUGUCCGGUUCUGAUCCUCCACGCUGAGGACGACAGCGUGGUUCCGUUCCACCUCGGGAAAAAGCUCUACCACCUGGCGUCUCGGUCCCAGAGCCUCAGCGGACAUAAAGUCCAGUUCGUGGCGUUUCCUUCGUCACUCGCCUACAAACAUAAAUUCAUCUACAGGAGCCCGGAGCUGCCGAACAUCCUCAGUGACUUCCUCGGGGCGGCUCAUCCUGUGGCGCCGUGAAAUCGGACCGGCGUUCGCAUCAUCAGAACUGUUUAUCACGGACUGAACAUUCCUUUGCUACCAUUCCCAGAUCCCCUCCUGGUUACCAUGGUGACCAUGAACAGAUGUGAUGCUGAGGACGGUCGCUCUGCAUCAUCUUCAUCACCUGCAUGGUUUCUUCUUCUGAUCACAUGACCCGCCCGUCUGCAGGUCCACUCUGUCCGGAAACCUGCUGCUUUCAAACCUGUUUGACUUGAAUUCAAUAUUAAAAGUUUGUUUUAUGUAAACCUGCCUGAACUGUGGGUGACCAGCAGGGGGCGCCAGGAGCUGAAUGGACCGGUUCCAGUUGAACCACAACAGAACCGAACUGAAGCGCCGGGAUACCGGAUCAACGCCCUGAACGGACUCAAUUACCCAGAAGGCAUCUGUGAUUUCCCCCUGAGAGCAACAGGCAGCUCUGCUCCUGAUGAUGGAGAAAGUUCUGGAAACAUAGAAAAGAUGCUGCCGGUUCUGCUCCUCUGGGCCCGUUUCAGGUGUUUGUUUCUGCUGAAAUCCAGGAUGUUUGGAUCAGAACAGGAGGCCUGAUCAAUCAAAGGCAGAACACAUGAUCCUCUGAUCCUCACGGAGAACUUUACUCUGCAGCAGGACUCAAUAAUUAUGACAUUUAAUGGUUAAUAAAACAUGAUUAACACAAAAGCUUCCUACUGGAAAAUAAAGUUUAAGAUUAAUUAACAGAAAAUG